AUGGAACACGUAGCAAGGAUUGCUGAGGUUGAAAGCACUGCCGCAAAGGCUAGACUCAAGAGGGGUUGGGGUGUCUUCGAUAUUCCUGAGGCAGACUUUUCCGCAAUUGAAGUAUAUAUGGCGAAGAAAGUGCCCCUAACGAUUCGUGUUGACAUACAAGAACUUUUCCCUUUCCUUCUCAAGGAUCCUUUUUACAGGUAUGGAGUGCUGAACAUGGUAUGCAAUCCCUUCUCGGAUUCUCGAGUUUCUCUCUUUGGAAGUGCAUAUCUUCUCUUGAAAGAUUCACUCCGCGCCAGGACAACUGUGGCAACUAGCAAGGAGAACCUUGGUCCCAACAUCCGUCGAGUGGGAACACUCGAUCAUUUGUGGCAUGUUUUAGAGACAGUUUCGUCUCACGAAGCCACUAGGAUACACGCCGUGGCAACAGGGAGGAGAGCCAAAGCAACUGUCUCAAAAGACAGUAAAUAUUCUGAGAUCCAGAUACACGGAAUGUUAGAUAUGAGGAAGGACGUGGCAGCUGUCGUGGUGCAACAUCAGGAUCUGAAUAAUCCAAAAUUGGGAGGUUUAGUAAGAGAACUCAGUAAAUUGUACCUUAUCCCAGUAUUAACAUGUGAAGAGCUGGAUGAGCUUCUCGAUGACCGUCGGUGGUCCACAGUUGUAAAUCAGAGGGCAAAUAUUAUCUUUCAGGAGACGAUGGCAGUUUGCGAUACCGCAUUUCACGCACCUUAUGCUAGGUAG